UUCUCCCUGCUUUUCUCCGUCCUUCUCAUCAACCUUCAGCCUCACUCCGUUCCCCACAUCUCUUGAACGGAUCUCCACAGGAUCCAGCUGCUUCUGUAGCCUCUUUGCUCGGGUUGCCACCUUAGGAAUGGCUCCGCGGAGCUGCCUCGUGGCGCUCCUCGCAUUCCUCCUUGUAUUCCAGACGCUCUCAGUUUCACCGCAGGUGCAGGCCGAGGAGACGAAGGACGUGGGCACCAAUGGCGAUCUUCCCAAGGUCGAGGAGCCGAUCGGAGCUGUUCCGACUGGAUCGACCACAGACACCCAAACCCAGGAGAGGGAGCGGAGUUCGAUGCGGCGGUCGGGCGAGAAGUUUGCGUUCCAGGCGGAGGUGCACCGGCUGAUGGACAUCAUCAUCAACUCGCUCUACAGCAACAAGGACGUCUUCCUGCGCGAGCUCAUCUCCAACGCCUCCGAUGCGCUGGAUAAGAUCCGCUUCCUCUCGCUCACCGACAAGUCCAUCCUGGGCGAAGGCGACAACACCAAGCUCGAGAUCCAGAUCAAGCUGGACAAGGAGCGCAAGGUGCUGUCGAUCCGCGACCGCGGCAUAGGCAUGACCAAGGACGACCUCAUCAAGAACCUCGGCACCAUCGCCAAGUCGGGCACGUCAGCGUUCCUGGAGCGGAUGCAGAAGAGCGGCGACAUCAACCUGAUCGGGCAGUUCGGCGUGGGGUUCUACUCGGUGUACCUGGUGGGCGACCGCGUGGAGGUGCGCAGCAAGCACAACGACGACAGCGCGUGGGUGUGGGCCAGCAGCGCGGACGGCAACUUCGAGGUGUACCCCGACGACGAUGAGGCGGACGAGGCGCUGGGGCGCGGCACGGAGAUCCGCAUCCACCUCAAGGACGAGGCCAGCGAGUACCUCUCCGAGGACAAGCUCAAGGAGCUGGUGAAGAAGUACUCGCAGUUCAUCAACUUCCCCAUCUACAUGUGGGGCAGCCGCGAGGUGGACGAGGAGGUGCCGGUGGAGGAGGAGGAGGAGGUGGAGAAGGAGGAGGAGAAAGAGGACAAGGACAAGGAGGACACCGAGUCGGACGAAGAGGACGACAAGGACAGCGAGGACGAGGCGGAGGAGGAAGAGGAGGACGACAAGAAGGAGAAGAAGCGCAAGACGCGCGUGGAGAAGCGCACCAAGUGGGAGUGGGAGCUGCUGAACAGCGUGAAGGCCAUCUGGCUGCGCAGCCCCAAGGACGUCACCGACGACGAGUAUCGCGAGUUCUACAAGUCGCUCGCCAAGGACUACAGCACGGACAAGCCGCUGGCGUGGACGCACUUCUCGGCGGAGGGCGACGUGGAGUUCAAGGCGGUGCUCUUCAUCCCGCCGCGCGCCGCCUAUGACAUGUAUGACAACUACUACGCCAACAAGGCGGCGCUGAAGCUCUACGUGCGGCGCGUGUUCAUCAGCGAGGAGUUCGAGGAGCUGCUGCCCAAGUACCUCAACUUCCUCAAGGGUCUGGUGGACUCGGACUCGCUGCCGCUGAACGUGUCGCGCGAGAUGCUGCAGGCGCACAGCAGCCUCAAGACGAUCCGCAAGAAGCUUGUGCGCAAGGCGCUCGACAUGAUCCGCCGCCUGGCAGAGGACGAGGAGGACGCCAAGGCCAAGGCGCAGGAGCAGAGGGAGAAGGACGGCAGCCCCAAGGACGGCGAGGAGGUGGUGCCGUCGGACGCGGAGACGCAGUACGAGGACUUCUGGCGCGAGUUCGGGCGCGCCAUGAAGCUGGGCGUCAUCGAGGACUCGUCCAACCGCAUGCGCCUCGCCAAGCUGCUGCGCUUCAAGAGCUCGAACGACCCUGAGAAGCUGACGAGUCUGGAGCAGUACGUGGCGCGCAUGAAGCCCGGGCAGAAGGCCAUCUACUAUGUCACGGGGCCCAACCGCGAGCAGCUGGAGCGGUCGCCCUUCAUUGAGAAGCUGCUGAAGAAGGGGCUGGAGGUGCUCUUCCUCACGGAGCCCGUGGACGAGUACCUCAUGCAGAACCUCACCGACUUUGACGACAAGAAGUUCCAGAACGCGUCUAAGGAGGACCUCAAGAUCGGCGGCAAGAAGAGCAAGGAGCGCGAGAAGGAGAUGAAGGAGAGCUUCAAGGACCUGCUGGCGUGGUGGAAGGAGCAGCUGGGGUCCAAGGAGGUGGAGGCGGUGAAGCUGAGCGAGCGGCUGGCGUCGUCGCCGUGCGUGGUGGUGACGAGCAAGUACGGGUGGAGCGCCAACAUGGAGCGCAUCAUGACCAGCCAGGCGCUCGGCGACCCCACCAGGCAGUCCUACCUCAAGGGCAGGAAGAUCCUUGAGGUCAACCCCAGGCACCCCAUCGUCCGCCAGCUCAGGGACCUUGUCGCCGCCGACCCCAAGGAUGAGAGUGCGACGGCGGUGGCGUCGACGCUGUACGAGACUGCGCUGAUCGAGUCGGGGUUCUCCCUUGAGGACCCCUCCAAGUUCGCAGCGCGCAUCUUCACGGUGCUCAAGAGCAACCUCAACAUCGAUCCCACCGCGGACGUGGAGGAGGAGGUGGACGAGGAGGAGACUGAGGAGAGCAGCUCUGAGACCAAGGAUGAGGACGAGAUUGAGGCAGUGGGAUUGGGUGGGGAUGAUGUUGUUGAUGCUGACUCACCGGAAGAUGAUGCUGAUGUGGACAAGGAGGCAGUCGGGAGUGGAGAUGCACGUGACUCGCAUGAUGAGCUGUAGCGAAGCUCACUGGAUUGAUUCUGUUAGAGAAGCAUGCCUUGGUUGAGUGGUGUUCACAUUCUAACACCACAUAAACCCAACUUGGUACACAGGCCAAUCUGAGCAAUGAGGUCAAAUUUGCAUUGAUUCUCAGAGUAGAAAAAAGCAACGAGAAUGUGGCAUACAGGUUGAUUUUGUUCUAGUGGUUGAACCCUCUAAGAACAUGCACUUAUCUAGCCAAUUAUA